AUGUCUCGGCCCCCGGCCCGUCGAGACCUCACCAGAUUCGGGUAUAGCUCCUCCAGUGAAUCCGACGAGCCUCCGCGUAAAACCAAUACCACUACUACCGGUACCCAAAACCAAAAGAAAAAGAAGAAGCGCAAGCCCCCACCGCAACAGAGCAUCAAUAAGAUAUGGAGACGCUUUACUACCAAAGAGUUCACCAAGGCCCUUGCGGUUCUCCCCUUCGACCCCGUACCUCUCCCAAGUACCCCCGAGCGCCCCAACGAGCUCCUGUCUGCGGGGUACGAACGCGCCAGAGAUGAAUGUUCGAGGAAAGUGAAGAAGAUCAUCGCGGAAUGCAAGCGGGUGAAUACACGCUACAGAGACCCGGGCUUCGAUCUGGAUUGGGAUCUUAAGUGGCUUAAGGGGAACUGUCUCAAUUACCUAGGAUCGCGUAGGUUCGAUCUCACAAGCUCUAGAUUGAGCACCAAUACAUCGGUUCCGAAAGCUGUCAAGAGAGUGCACGAGAUUUUCGAGAAGCCCACCUUCUUGAAAGACAUCAGCGCUGGUGACGUCAAGCAAGGAGCGCUUGGCGACUGCUGGCUUAUUGCGAGCUUGAGUGCGCUUGCCAAUGUCGAAGAUGGAAUCAAGCGCAUUUGCGUUGAAUACGAUACUCGUAUCGGUAUCUAUGGUUUCGUCUUUUACCGCGACGGUGAAUGGAUCUAUUCCAUCAUCGAUGAUAAGCUGUAUCUUACUUCGCCAUGCUGGGAUUCACCAAGUAUGCAGCGCGAGAUGCUACAGCAAAUCGACCGUGAUGAACCCGAGAAGGUAUACCGAAAGACCUACCAGACGGGAUCCAAGGCUUUAUUCUUCGGACAAUGCAAAGACCAGCAUGAAACCUGGGUUGCGUUGAUUGAGAAGGCAUACGCUAAGGCUCACGGAGAUUACGGCUCGCUUGCGGGUGGUUGGAUCGGUGAGGGAUUGGAAGAUCUCUCCGGUGGUGUUACUACCGAGCUUUUGGCGUCUGAUAUUCUCGAUGUUGAUGCCUUUUGGGAGGAAGAAAUCUGUAAGGUGAACAAGGAGUUUCUUUUCGGCUGUUCUACUGGCCUGCUCGACGGCGGUUAUGGUGAUCGUAAUGGAAUUAAGGAGGGUCACGCCUAUGUCGUAAUGGAUGCCAGAACACUGAAAAACGGGCAGAGGCUCGUGAAGCUUCGUAACCCUUGGGGUAAAACACGUAAAGGUAUCUGGGAAGGCCCAUGGUCGGAUGGUUCUAAAGAGUGGAACAACGACGUUAAAGAGGAGCUUGGCCACCAAUUUGGAAACGACUCCGUCUUCUGGAUUACCUACGAGGAUAUGCUGGAGAAGUACCUACACUUCGAUAGGACCCGUCUCUUUGGAGAUCCUGAUUGGCGAUGCUGUCAGCGAUGGAUCGGCGUAGAGGUCCCUUGGAAAGCGAAGUGGAACGAGAAAUUCCACAUCAAGCUAACGAAAGAGUCUCCCUUGGUCCUAGUUCUCCAACAGCUUGACGACAGGUAUUAUAAAGGCUUACAUGGCCAGUAUAGCUUUAGAAUGCACUUCCGGGUACAUGAGCAAGGGCGACCGGAUAGCGAGGACUACAUCGUGAGGUCUCACGGAAACUAUCUGAUGGACCGUUCGGUCUCUAUUGAGGUCCCAUGCAUGGAGCCUGGCAACUACUCAAUCUUUAUCAGCGUCGUGGCUGAACGUGACACCGAUAUGUCUUCUAUCGAAGAUGUCGUUAAGCGCGAAUGCAAAAAGCGUGUCGAGAAUGAGAAGUUGGCUCAAGUAGGUUACGCGUACGAUCUGGCUCAUAGCAAAGGUGUGACACAUCUUGAACAGGUCGCUAAGCUCCGCAAGAAGUCGGACCAGAAGAAAGCAAGCACUUCGCGUAUGCAGGAGAGGCGCAAGAUGUGGGAGAAGCGACACUUAAACCGUGACAUCACGAAGAAGCAGACGAAGAAAAAUCAAGAGAAGCGCGACAAGCGACGGGAGGCAGAUGCUCUGAAGAGAAAGGCCAUAGCAGAGGAAUUAAAAGCUAAGGAAGACGCUGCUAAGGCUAAACUAGAGGCUGAAGCCGCUGAGAAGAAGAAACAAGAAGAAGCGGAGACUGCCGAGAAGAAGAAACAGGAAGAAACUGAGGCAGCAGAGAGAAAGAAGAAAGAGGAAGAGGAGGAGGCAGAGCGUAAGAAGAAAGAAGAGGAGAAGCCUAAAGACGUUGCGGUCCAGACGGAUGAGCGCCCGUCGGGUGAAGACAAGAGCAUCCAGACUGAGGAGGCUAAGGAAGCCAAGGAUGAUGCUGCUAAAUCCGAGGCCGCUGACAAACCCAAGGAAUCAUCAGAGGAUACUCCUAAGGAUGGCUCGGAAGACACUUCAAAGGACGCUUCAAAAGAAGACAAGCCAAAAGAAGAUGCACCGAAGGAGGAGUCCCUGAAGGAAGCUGUGAAGGAUGCCUUGAAGGACACUCUAAAGGAUGCUCUUGUGGAUGCUGCAGAGGAAAUGAAAUCAGAUUCCUCAGCAUCCUCAUCUGCUGAAUCCGCAGAUGAGAAAGACGAGAAAGAUAAAAAAUCCCCCAAGAAGAAUAAGAAGACCCCGUGUGACAAAGAAGUUACUGAGGCUGCUGCCGCCGCCGCUGCAAGCAGGCAGAAGCAAAGCCCUUCCCCGCCAAACUACACCUCAGAAGCCGAUUCCUCCGAUAGUCCGGUAGAAGACUGGGAGCUGCUGUACUCGUCAGACGAUAUGACUAAGAAGCCUCGGAUGGCAACAGCACCCCCCGCCACCACUACCAACGAUAAUACCGUUGAGAGUGAUGGCGAGUCAGGCAUGCCGGAUCCAUGGAAUGCUAUCUGUAUCGUCGGGUUCCGCGUCUAUUCUAAGGAUGAGGAUUUGGACUUGCGCGUCGUAGUCGAAGGCGGCGAUAUGGCUGAGAACGGUAUGGGCGAGAAAGGCGCUGCCGACAUCGAUAACGCUCAGAUGAAUGCUGGAGGCGAGCGCGAGAAGAAUAACAAGGAUGUAACCGACGAAGUUGAGAUCGUGGACGGUGAGAUCAUUCAUAAGCAGAAGAUCCUUCCGGACGACGAUAAUGACGACCAGAAGGAAUCCGAGGAUAAGACGGAUGAGAAGAUGGAAGAGGUGAAAGACGAAGAGAAGAAAGAUGAGAAGACAGUAGACGACGACCAAGAGACCCCCGUGGAUAAGAAAGAAUCCGACGAGACUGAAGAAAAGGUAGAUGAAAAGAAGGAGGAAGAGAAAACAGAAGAAAAGUCAGAGGAGAAGGCUGAUGAGAAGACAGAUGAGUUAAUAGAAGAGAAGGAGGGAAAGGUCGAGGAGAAGAAGAUGGAAAAGGUAGAGGACAAGGCCGAAGCCGAUGAUGACAAUCACAAGUGUGACGACAAAGACGACUGUGCCAAAUCAGAUACUUCCGACUCGACAGAUGACUCCUCCUCGCCCAUUCCAACUCCCGACGGUGACGGGGACUCAAUGGACUGCAGUCCUCAGUACCCUGCCGAUAAGGAGGCAGAUCCACCCAACGAAAAGGAGUCCUCGACUUAA